UCGCGUCACACAUCCCGGUCCCAGGCAAUGGCUCUACCUGCACGCAGCGAUCGAAGCCAACAGAGAACUGUUUACAACGCUCGAAGUUCGCGCUCCUGUGAUCACUGAUUGAUUUGUCUCGGCACAACAGAUCGAACACUCCUUAAUCAUCAACAGCACACACAUUUAUAGUAGAAUUGGGAUUUCUAAGCUUGGAGAACCCAGCUUGAAUAUAUUUUGGUCAGAAAUAUUCUAUUCUACAUAUUUUGUUCAGUGCAAAGGAACACUUAUUAUCUAAGAUGACACAAGUUGCUUUACUGAGCGCGUUGUGUUUGGGUACAGCCUUUGGUAUCAUCAUUCAACCAGACAUCGAUCUACCCAAAUUAACACUGGAGAAAGCCUGCCCCGGUACCCACAUGGGCUUCAGCUAUUCCGGGUCUCUCCGACGUCACUACCGGUACAUGCAACGGCGUUACACCGGCUGCACAUACGUGCAGGGGAAUCUCGAGAUCACGCACCUGCGUCACAAAAACAUCAACUACGACCUCAGUUUCCUCCGCUCCAUCCGUUACGUCAGCGGCUAUGUGCUCAUUGGCCUGGUAACGCGGGUUCGGGAGAUACCCCUGACGAGUCUAGAGGUCAUCAGAGGUAACCAGACACUUGAACUCUUCGGGAGACAGUUUGGACUUGCCGUAACCUUGACCUCCAGGUCGUAUGGAUCGAGGAGAGGUUUGCAAGAGCUCCAACUGCCGAAAUUGAGAGAGAUUUCUGGGGGCGAUGUGCUGUUUGCAAACAACCCCGGACUGUGUUACGUCCAGACCAUCCUCUGGGAGGCCAUCAUCAACGGUGGGAGGAAGGCCAUGCUCAAAGGAGACCAACCACUCGCUAAACGAUGUUUGCCGUGCUCCAGUCACUGUCAACAGCAAGGUACCAGGCGGUGCUGGGGAAGGGGGAAGCAACUCUGUCAGAAAAUCGAGCCCUUGACCUGUGACCCCUCGUGUCCGUACCGGUGCUUCGGACCUGGGAAGGAGGGAUGCUGUCACAGCCAGUGCGCCGCCGGAUGUUGGGACGAGACCGAGGCUGACUGUGAGAUAUGUAAAAACUACUACUACCAGGGCCGCUGUGUGGGCUGGUGUCCAUACGCUCCCAACACGUAUGCUUUCGGCUCGAUGUGCCUUAAGUUUUAAAUAUGUGUCACCUCGGAUAAUCUCCCUCUGUAUCAUUCAAGGAUCGAUGUUCACGGAAAUGAUCGAUGACUCAUGCCUAAACCCGGAUACCUCAUGGACUUUGAUCACAGAGGCAUGACAUUAAAUGACAUUUACUAUCGUCGCCGUGCUCGUUUUACCCUAUCAGAUCAAUAGUGACAUAUAAGAUUGAAGUAACUGCACUUUUCGGGGAGUAGCAUUUGCAGCCAUUAGACAAUGAGAGGAAACUAUAUUCCAAGUCGAAUGUAAGUUGUACCAAAGAGCCUAUGUAUGUUUAAAGACCACGUAGGUACAAGAGGACCACGUGUAGGGACAAGACGACCAGCCGGUGCAAUUCUGUCUAUCUGGUGCACGGAAAUGGGGCUUUCCAGGUGUAUUGAUAUUACUAGAUAGGGUAAAGGUUAAUGAUCAUGCGGGCUAAGCUCUGGAUAACCAAAUCGCUUUUUCUGGACAGGAAAGACAUCAAACCAUUGGUGCCUGCUUCUCGAAAGGUCACAUUGAAAAAUACGCUUAUGCACUCCAGUGCUGUUCAUUGGUAAUUUUGGAUGAAAAGGCAUGACGGACUUUGACGAAAUUUCUAUAACAGUAGUAAGAUAUCAUAUAAAGACCCGCCUAUUGUCACUUAGAAUCUAUCAUUACAAAACUGUUACACACAUACUCAAUGAUGAACAUCCGGGCAUCUUAGGGUUCAACCAUUUAAUAUUCUUGAUUUUAUAGAGACAGAAUAUUUUGUCGUCACUGGUACAAGAUAUACUAUCAGUUUUCUCUGAAGAAGGAUCCAGUUUGGGACAUGGAGUGAACAAUUAUUUGUACAUAAAAACGUAAAAAGCAAAUUUGUUUGGGGGGCAGUAUUUUCUUCAACCAAUUUUUUCAAACAAUGCUAAUCGUAAUAACUGUCUUUUGUGUAUGAAUUUCCAGGGACGCUUCCAGGGUCUCUCUUCCUAUGUGAUUGUCUCACGGGACAAAUGUUUUCGAUACCAGGAUGAAUACAAUGAGAAACUGUGGGCAAAUUUGAUUUUAAAAGAUCUACUCAGUUUUCGAAGUUGUCGGUUAAGCAAUACCUAUCUUGCGCAUCUGUUCCUCAUCAUUGGUGGUGGUACGGCAUAUGUGAAGUUUAUUCAGUACUUUAGUGUCGCUCUCCUGGUGUGUGCUUGCGUGCGUGCGUGCGCGCGGGGGAUGUCGGGUUGCCCAUCCGUUUUGUUCGCUCGUCAGUCAAGGUCCGGUUUCGAUUCAAACACUGGUGAAAUGUCCAAAUCCCAAGGUGGCUUUAAACCAUACUCUCUCACUCUGAAAGGGGGUCGCUGAACACCGGCUAAGGAAUAUUUGUGUAGGCAUAACACAAUCCAAUGAUACUCAACACCUUAAUCAUACAAUAAUAACAAACAUUAUGAGACUCGAUGAGAAUUAAGGAUAGAAAAUAAAAUAUCUGUUCAGUACAUGGAAUUGGGAAUUGAUAGGUAUUGCUUCAGCUGUAUUUAUGAACUAUGACACAGGUAGUUCGGGGAAUGCUAUCACGAGAAGAACUUCAGUUACAUUGGAUGUCGCUUUCAAUAGUAUCCGUGUAUCUAAGAACAGCAUAGUGUGCACUGUUUGCAGUACGCUGAGAUACACCCUUAGUCCAAGUCGCUUGCCAAUGAUCUUUUUCACUUUUAUUUUUUCAAAACGACCGCCGUACAUGAGCUGAGAAUAUGCUUUCUUCAGGCCCACUUAGAUAUUUUAUUGUUAGCAUUUAUCAAAGCACACUUAAAACUAGUCGAUACCUCAAAGAUGACAUUUAACGCAUAUAAUACGCUAUUUUGUUCUUAGUUUUGCUCCAGUACACCAGUCAUUGUCUCCAUAUCAUGGUACAGAUCGUUACAUCUGGUAACUGGUGCCUCCACAUGGAUGCAGUUUAUGUUGAAAGACAAAAUGGAUUUCAAUAAAUAAGUGUGUGAAAA